AUGUGCAAGAGGCGACUGCUUUUCUGGUUUAAUGGUAAUUGGAACUUUGGCUUAAUCAAUGAGGCUUUUAAUGUGCAAGAGGCAACUGCUAUUCUUUCUAUUCCUCGCAAUCAUCUUCCUGUUACUGAUUGUGUUAUAUGGCAUUUUGAGUCUUCAGGUUUUUAUACCGUCAAAAGUGGUUAUUGGCAGGCCAUUUGUUUGUUGGGGAUGGGCCAGGCUUCAGGUUCUAAUGGAGUUUCGGUGUUAUGGACUAAAAUCUGGCAAUUAAAUAUUCCUGGGAAAGUGAGGCAAUUUCUGUGGAGAGGUGCUAAUAACUGGCUGCCCACCUUUUCUAAUCUUUGCAAUCGAGGUAUUCAUGUUGCUUCUUUAUGCCCUUUUUGCCUGAAGGGUCCUGAAACUGCAAUCCAUGCUUUAUGGAAUUGUGAUAAACUGAGUAAUUGUAGACAUACGGUUGGUAAUAUUAUGCAUGUUCCCCCUUACACUGGAAUGGACAUUUAUGAGUUUUUGUUAAAUUGCUUAGAUUCUUUAUCUGUAGCUGACUUUGGCAAACUCAUUGUGUGCUUAUGGCGUAUUUGGUAUCGCCGUAAUAUUUUUGUUAAUGAGAAGACUACUCUUCCUGAUUAG